AAAUUUUAAAAAGAUUUUGUUAGUUUUUUUCUCAACAGGUUUUGUUAUUCCUAAAACUAAAAUUUAAAUGUAUAGUUAAAAAGGAUUUAUUAUUAAUAUCUUUAUAAUUAUUUAGAAAUGUUAUACAUUAAAUAAACUAAAGUAAACAAUAAAAAUAUUAUUUGAAUAUUUGGACCUAGAUUUCUAGUAUGACUAUUUUGUAGUAGAUAAAAAUGGUACUUUUUUUUUAAUAGAGAAGAUGGACAAUUUCCACGGAGACCACACACAAUGGACGCUCCAACCACUGUUCUUUUACUUUCGACAAUCUCUAGCUCCUCUUAUGUUUUCCCAGUUACAUCAGAAGUCAUGUGGCACGUGGAGUAUAUUUUAUAAAAUUAUUAAGAAAAAAGUAUUCACAGCCAACGAAAUGUUGAUAUGGCCGAGUUGGUCUAAGGCGCAGGAUUAAGGUUCCUGUCCGAAAGGGCGUGGGUUCAAAUCCCACUGUCAAAAAUUUGCCUUUUUUUCCUGUGUUCAUGUAAUGAUGUGACGCUAUGGGCCCUGCUUAUAAAUUUAGGAUUCUCAGGUUCGAUUUGUGAUUUCCCCUUUUUCUUUGGGAGAAUUUCUAGUUGGCGCAGUUGGAAGUUGCUUGGAAGGAUCUGUAGGUACUAUACGAUUAUCAACAAAAACAAAGAUAGAGAGUAGAUAUGAGAGUUGUUUUGCGUAUGAAAAGAGUCAUGCUCUCAAGCUGUGGCAUUGUGGUAGACCGACGAUGCUGGUACGGACCUUGGCCGCUUGCAACGAGGCAGUACAAUUACAUGUACCAAUCUCCUUGCCUCCUUAAUGUUUCAUCUUACAACAUCUCAUUUUAUUUUAUAUGCAUUCAUGAACCAGAGAGAAAGAUGCUCAUCUUAUUAUAUACCUUAAUCUCCACAACUUCUGAGUUUUUCAGCGCCUACAGUAUUGUCUGGAUGUUGUUGGUCAGUUCCAAUAAGCUGCAAAUAUUUCAAACUUUCUAACUCUUUCAGCAUUAGAUUCAAAGAAUUACUUCCAAAGAGGACUACCUAGGUCAGGCAAACAAAUUUCAUUUCAAAAUACAAAAGUAAAAAAACACAAUGAAGUAACCAAAGGAUCAUUAAUUUUUUUUUUUUCACACACACUUCCAAUAGAAGCAUCUAUAAUGGAAAUUUGGGAUGGACUAGAGACAUGGUACAAAGGUAAAGGACACAACCAAACAAUUUGAUAAACGAUUACCUGAAACAGAAUUAUUCUUGUGUGAUAUAUCAAUAUCUUAUUGCACAACAGCAUAACAUCAAAACUCUAGGAAAAUCCAUCGGCGGAGGUGGGGAAUGUCCAAUGAAGGCACAUCUACUCGACCCUGGGAGAUGGAUGAUGGAUCGAGCAUGAUCUGAAGAUGCAGAAUUAAAUGUCGGAACUUGUUUGUUCCAUUAGGUUACAAGUUAGCACUCUAACCAAUUCACUUAAAUCUAGGGAUCUUUUUUUGAAAUUGCAAACUAAUGGAUUUUUACAUCCAUACUUUUAUUACAAAUGUGAUCAAAAUAUGUCAAAAACAAUAUAGGAAAAUAUUAAUAACCACUUGUAAAGUUCCUAGACAUUGUUUCGGUCAUAUAGGCUAGGAGAAUACAAAACAGAACUUUGUUCACGUAUGGGAUUGUAACACAAACAGGUGUUUAAGAUAAUCCAAAAGAAAAAAAUGGUUGCAUUUACCAAAAGGGUUAAAAAAAUAUGGUUGCAUUCUUUUAAAAUGGUUGCACUUAGCAAUUCUUAUAUUUAAACUUUGAUACAAAAAAAUUGAAAAAGAAUAAUAUUCUUAGCAUCCGCACUAAUUCAUUGGUGUUAUAAAGAUGCUCCCGGAUAGAGGAAAUAAAGUUUUUUUUUAAAUUUCAAAUAAAGGCUUAAAUAAUUGAAUAAUUGAUAGUAAAGCAAACUAUAAAAUAAGUACCAACGACCACUUUGUAUAUCUGUUUCCUUUGAACCAAAGAAAAUCCCCACGUGACAUCACAUUCCAAAGACAAAUGUGAAUCCAUUCAAUACUUCACAACUUGAUCAUAAUCUCAUCUUCUUUUCUUGAAACCACUUUUAAUCCUUCCGAGUCACGAAACUUUGUCCUUACCUCCUAAAGCACUCUUUCUUCCGACAUUAACCAAUGGAUCAACUCUAUUCUCAGCUCCCAUUAUCAACCCCAUUAUACAUUUUCCCCUCAUAUAAAUACACACACUUACGCAUUUUCUUCGAUCAACUAUAUAUCUCUCUAAGAUCUGUAUAUACAUACAUAACAAGACAAAGAGGAGAAAAAAAGAGAGAAAGAGGACAUCGGGAACAUGUCUGAUUGGGGACCAGUUUUUGUCGCGGUGACGCUUUUCGUGUUGCUAACUCCGGGGCUGCUGAUUCAAAUUCCAGGGAGAAACCGAGUAGUUGAAUUUGGAACAUUUCAGACAAGUGGUGUUUCGGUUAUUGUUCAUACCCUAGUCUACUUCACUCUUGUUUGUAUUCUCUUGAUUGCUAUCCAAGUUCACAUGUAUAUUGCCUAAUCGAAUAAAAUAAAAUAAAACAUCUCCAUUUUUGUUCUAGCGUUA